GCGCUGUAACCGCUGCGGCCUCAGUCAAGUAGUGAUUGGGUUCGCAAGCGGACAGACCGAAAUUCCUCGAAAUUAGGCUGCUAUUCAAUCGAAGAUGGCCCUGAAUCUGUACUAUAUGCCGCUUUCGGCACCCUGUCAAUCGAUUCGCCUACUGGCGAAAGCCAUGAAUCUGCACAUAAACCUGACCUACUUGGAUCUCAUGAAGGGCGAGCACAUGAAGCCGGAGUUCCUGAAGAUAAACCCGCAACACGUCAUCCCAACGCUGGUGGACAACGAUUUCGUCCUGUGGGAGUCGCGUGCCAUAUUGAUCUAUCUGGUCGAGAAAUACGGCAAAAACGAUAAGUUCUACCCGCGUGACCCGAAGAAGCGAGCCGUUGUCAAUCAGCGGUUGUACUUCGAUAUGGGCACGCUGUAUGCUCGAUUCGCCGAAUACUAUUACCCGGCUAUAUUCGAAAACAAGAAUUUCGACGAAGAAAAGUUCAAGAAAUUGGAAGAGGCCUUCGAGUUUCUGGAAGUUUACCUCGGAAAGACCACGUACGUUGCCGGGGAUAAGCUGACCGUGGCGGAUUUCUGCAUUUUGGCUACGAUCACCACGAUGAAGGUGGCAGCGGAGAUCGAUUUCUCCAAGUAUCCCAGCAUCGAACGUUGGUAUGCCCAACUCAGCGAAGAAGUGUCCGGCCAUGAUGAAGUGUGCGUCCAAGGAGCUCAGGAGAUGAAACCAUUCUUCGAAGCUGCGCGAAAGGCGGCUGCCGAGGAGCAAUAGAUCGUAACCGAUGUAUAUUUAUAAAUUGAAAUAAAAUAACCCCCGUGUAAGGUUUUUUCGUGAUAAGAUAACACAGAGCCGUA